CGUCAAGAGAGCCUGCCCUUUGAGAAGAAGGGUCUACCGUCCACCUCCAAUGUCAACCCAGACUUCAUGUGGAACUAUGUCAUGUGCCAAGACUUCCUGCACAACGAGAACAUGUAUGAGUUUAUUCUGCCGGUCGUGCAGGGAUUUGUGGAGAUCCGCAGUGAGCUGCUGCUGUACGGCCGGUCUGGCUUCGACCUGAUAGUACUCACCAGGCGAUCGCGCAUGCGAGUAGGGACAAG